UGUCUAUGUACAAUUCGAAACCAUCGGUGCUCAGCACAAUAUUAUGUAUCGUACGGCCUGACCACAAAGUUAUUCGCUGCACAAGGAAGCGCACUGAAAUAUGAACAUAUGGAGAGAGGUCGCUGUUUCACUCGUGGCCCUAGUGAUAUCGGCAGCAGCAUGGAGUGAUGUGAUUGUCACCAUACCUCAAGGACAAAUACGGGGUCGCUCUAGUACAAUACUGGGCCACGCCAUUCAAAUGUUUAUCGGAGUACCCUACGCAAACCCACCUGUUGGCCAUAUGAGAUUCCGAAAACCUGAGCCCAAAGAACCCUGGAGCGGUGUCUACGACGCCACUUACCCGAAGACUUCCUGCAGCCAGCCACGAUUACCAAACAUGUUCCCCAUACCUGUGCCAGUUUCGGAGGACUGCCUAUACCUAAACGUGUGGACUCCUUCGACGACCGACGGUGGCAAGAGACCCGUCUUCGUACGGUUGUUCGGCGGCAUCUACAUCCUUGGUUCGGCCUACCAGGACAUGUACAACGCCACGGUGUUGUCGGCCAUCAACGACCUCGUUGUCGUAAAUUUCGACUAUCGUCCAUCGAUUUUCGGCUUCCUCGACACCGGCACUCCAGAAGGACCCGGCAAUCUUGGCCUAUGGGACCAACGAAUGGUUCUCCAGUGGGUGCGCAGCAACAUCGCCGCAUUCGGAGGAGACCCUGAGACCGUCACUCUCUCCGGCGUCAGCUCAGGCUCCAUGAUGGCCCACGCCCACGUGCUGUCCCCGUUGAGUAGCGGCUUAUUCAAGCGCAUCUUCUUGGUGAGCGGCACAAUGUGCACCGAUACGACGUCUGACUCAGUGACAGAAAGCAUCGUGAAAGGAAAUCAGGUAGGAAGGAUCGUCGGCUGUGCGGACUCUUUCCAGGACCUUACUACGCACACUGAACGCGUCUUAGACUGUCUCCGGGAGGUAGAGGCGUGGUCUCUCGUGGUAGCGACAGUGGCGACCAUGUUACCCAAGUUUUUGUUUUUCAUGCCCACUUUCAAGAGUGAAUACCUGCCGUUGCUGACAUCCGACGCUAGUGCAGCAGGUGCCUUCGCGCCCGUCGAUGCUCUCGUUAGCGUCGUCUCUAAUGAAGGAACGUUUCCCUUCACCUAUCAGACUGACUACAGGCUGCUUGAUCCAGACCUAAAGGACGUCAGCGCUGGGUACUUUCGAGCUAUGAGCGAGGAAUUGAUCAAUAUGUGGGAGAAGGAUAAGGUUGUUCCGCUGGGCGUUGGCUACCUGGAUCGUGUGCCGCCGGAUGACAAGCUUGCAAUGAGGGAGGCAGCAUGCGACUUCUUUGGAAAGCAGAACGCUUACUGCCCGAGCAGGUUCUUUGCUGAAAGUCACUCAAGCGUGGGUGCUAAGGUAUACGGGCAGGUGUUUGCGCACCGGUCCAAAAUGGCUACCACCCCAGAAUGGGUCGGAGUUACUCACAUGGAUGACGUACCAUACAUUUUCGGAGUUCCUUUUCUCGAUGUGGACAGCUACACCGAUGAAGACAGAAAUUUCAGUCUGGUCGUAAUGAGGAGCCUCACAAAUUUCGUUAGAAACGGGACACCCGGCCUGCCUUCCUUCGAGAAGUGGCCUCGGUUUUCGCUGGACAAUCCCAGCUUUGUGUGGCUUCAGCCCGGAAACUACGGAAUCGUAAAUGAUUUUUACAGCGCAGGCUGUGAACUAUGGAGGAGAUUUCUUUGA